AUGCAGGAUCCGGAUCCUGACCUGGUCAAGGAAGCCUGCAAGGCUGAGCUCGGAAGAGGCCGGCAGGAAGAACUUCCAUUGAGCAACGAUGCGAAGCGGCCGACUUACCAGCCCAGAGCUUACGGGACGGGUCACAUCCCAGAAGCCCGGAAAGACAGACUCGAGAACAAAUGGAGUGUCAAAAUCGUCGACGAGGAGAGUCUACAGAUGGAAGGCCUAGAGAUUGGUGACAGCCGUCCAUACGCUCAGUUCACUAACCAGUAUAUGGCGCGCCAUGCAUUCUCAUCGGCACCGCCUCGAAUUGCAAUGGCAGCCGGCCAAGUACGACCUUCCACCGUUCCCAAAGGCCCCUCGUCGAUGAAGCCCGCAGGGCGUGUCACUGCUCCCCCUGUACAGCCAAUAGCACCUGCUACGACUCAAAGGGUGGUCUCUCGCACCAUAAAUCAGGUCAGCGCAGGAUCUCAAGUUCAUGGUGGCCGUACAAACCCCCCCGUCAAGAGCGUCAGCCAGUCUAAGCCAACUUCACCGAGUCCCGAACAAGCCAUCUUGUCUCAAGGCGAGUGCGAGCUUGUCAAUGAAUCUAACGAUUCCACCAUUCCUGCCAAAUUUAUUGCCAAGGUGCAUGUGCAGAAGAACGAGGGAACGUUGGUUUUGAUACCUUCUGGCAAAGCUGAGUUGGCGUACAAUAUCCUGGAUCUCGGCACAGCCGUCACACAGGGACCUUUCUGUCCCAUUGUUAGUGCAAGGGGUGAGCGCCUGCACAAGGUGAAGCUACGGACCGCUGCUGCUGCAGAAAGCUUUCAGUAUCUGCUGAAGUGCCUCUUGGAAUCUGCUCAAAGAUAUGGAGGGCGGAGACCGGUGUCUCCUAAACCUACCCCGACCAUUGCCGCCCAAAAGCAACAAGAGAGUCGCCUCCAAACCCCUUCCAAAGCAACCAUGGUGGCACCAGAAGCUGCUUCAGAGACAGCCAACGGCAACACAAGAAACGCUGUGCAGAUGCCGAAUCUGAUCGAUGCGUCGCUGCAGCCGAAACCCGAAGCCAGCCUUCUUAACGUGGAGGAUGAUUCUCAUCCAAAGCCAUCGCUCACCAUUGAGGCUGCUGCGGAUCACAUGCAGCGCAUUGUUCAGCAGAUCUUGUCGGAGAUUGCUGCCACUGGUGUUCAAGUGCCUGAGCAAGGCGUCGAGGUGAUUGAGUCGACGGCAAUCGCCAACUGGAUGGCUCAGGGUUUCAUGCAGACCGAAACAGAGUCUGCCGAAUUGAAGGAGGAACUUGUCGACCUCCUCCGACUACUGGUCCGUAUCAAAAGAAAGGUACAGUACAGGCAUGGGGGUAACGCUGAAAGCAAGAGUGUGCCCAUUUCGAGCGCAACUCUGCAGGAUCUUCAGGAGAUUGUCGAGAAGCCCAGUAAGCGCAUCAAGUACACUUCUGCAGACAUCAAGCAGCUGGAGGGUCGUGCCGUGUCACGCGAGGAUAACAUCAAGGCGUCAGGUCUCCAGGAGAUACAGAAGGGCUCCGCCUCCAACGCAAAUGCUCGCAAGAAGGCUCAUAAGAGCUCUCCGUCUACGACAGACGUCCCCAAGCAGACGGUAGUUCCCAGUAUGGCGGAACAUAGAGCCUAG